CGACCAUGUGAAUGUAUAAGAUUAUGGCAAGUGUAACCUUAUCUUCCAAUAUCAGGUGGAGAAUGUUCCACGUAGGAUAACCAACAUAUGCCACUUCAUCUGAAAAUCUCCAAUUUCCACCUAUCAUAAUCUUUGUGUGUCCAUUUACCUUAUCAGAGUAUCAAAUCACAAAAUUUUCAGCACAACAUCACAAGCAAAACAAACAAGAACAAAAAAAAUGGCUUCUGCUUCUGUUGCAAGAGCUUUGCCACUGAGUUCUGCAACCCAAAAUAAGCUGAAGAAUCCAUCCUCCGAGUCCUUUUUCAGACCAUUACAUGUAACACAGCCAAAGAGGACCACACAGACAAAAUCCAAGGUUGAGAUUAAUGCAUCUUUGAAAGAGAAGGCAGUGACAGCUCUUACAGCUGCAUCCUUGACAGCUUCCAUGGUUAUACCUGAUGUGGCUCAUGCAGCUGGAUCUGAUCUCUCACCUUCUCUCCAGAACUUUCUGCUAAGUAUUUUUGCUGGUGGAGCUGUGUUAACAGCUAUACUUGGAGCUGUUAUUGGAGUUUCCAAUUUUGAUCCAGUUAAAAGAGCUUAAAUUAAGAGCGGAAUUGAAAUAAGUGUGGGAGAAGCUUCUACUUUUUUGAGAUUCUUCUGGUGCGGAAAUUGGUUCAGCAUUUCGUUGAUUGUUGGAUUGCAAGUUUUUGGAUGAAGUUGUGUUGUUUAUGAGCCCGAAGAGAGUAUGGAUUUGAGAUUCAUGCAUGCUGGUCAAGUUGAGAUGUCUUUAAGGGAGAAGGAUCACAUACCUGUGAUGUUUGUUUCUUUGGGAAUGGAGAACGAUGUGGCGACUAGUGAUAUAUCGCUGGUGUAUGAAUUACCUAACAUCUCCCUGAAGAUAUUUGCGACUUGCCUUUGGAAGUGGAAUCGGGGUCGACUUAGUUUGCUUGCCGUUGAGUCAACUUAAUGUUACCUUGAGUACAGACUGGCCAGAGUUCAUCCAUAUGUAUAUCAACUUGUAUAACAAAACAAUGUUGUUUCAUGAGUUUGUAGGAAAGGAUUUUUGCAGUUUAAUUAUGCGAGACAAGUUGAAGAAUUCAUGAAAGACGAAGCUUUGGUGUUUGCAAUGUUUUCUUCCUUGAAGAUUGAGAGUAAAAUAAUGUUGGAAGAUC